AUGUCUGACACCUUCCAAGAACUUGCUGACAUCCCCAAGGACUUUGUCCGUGAGGGAUCCCUGUUCGUGCGCCGCUGCACCAAGCCCGACAAGCGUGAAUUCAUCAAGAUCAGCCAAGCCGUCGGCAUGGGCUUCCUGGUUAUGGGUGCCAUUGGAUACUUCGUCAAGCUGAUUCACAUCCCCGUGAACCAGGUCCUGGUCGGUGGCGCAUAA